UGUAUCUCCUGCAGGGGUUUCUUAUAGUGUUAGCACUAUAACGGAUAAUAAAAGAUGAUUAAUGGAAGAUGUAACAAAUAAAAAAAAAGUCAAUGUCAAUUACCUGCAUUCCCAAGAUGCUCCGAGUAUAAGUUUCCUAGCAAUUCUUUGCAACGUUUGCCCAAUUGGAAAAUGAGUCAAUUAAGGUGGGCGAAUAAGUGAGUCUUACUCAAUAGACGAUCUUUGGCAGGGUCCGUACCACCACAGCUCCUGAGCGAAGCCUCGUCCUCACCACAAGAAAACUCCUUCAUUAUGUCAGAAAACUUAAGCUGUUUUCCUGCUCAGAUUUUCUCUGCUAACAGAUAUAAAGCACUCAACUAUGUUUUUGAGGCCACCACUAAUCAGAAAGUAAUGAUGAAUUUGCUGGCGCUGCCAACACCUUACUUCACUGGUGCUAGUGACCUGUACCCUCACAGCGGAAAGCUGCCUGAAGUCACCUACAGGACACCGUGGAUCAGAGGAAAGGUGAUCUCCACCUGCAAACUCUUUGUCAGUGGUUCUGUGCUCAAUGACCUGGGAGAAAAAAUGCAAACAGUUAACUCACUAGAAAGAUUUAAUGUUACUCCAGGUGAGGUUAAAGGGGAUGUGGAGCAGAUAUCCAGCUCUAACCCUGACUCAUUGGAGGAUCUAGACUUGGAUGAGUACGCUUGUCUUUUAAAAGAGUCCCAGAUCAACGAUCAGUGUCAGGAAUCAUUUUUCAAGUUGACAGCUGACCAGAUGGAGCCUGGAAAUCAGAACAAAAAUCUCCUCCUGCCAGAAGAGCUCAUGGUUGUCAACUACCUGUCACAAUUUAAAAGACAUUUACCCACACUGAAAGCCAAGCUGUCUAGGUUGAGGACCCUUCCUGUGGCCGACCCUCUGCUGAGCUCAACAGGAGAUACCCUCUCUGAGGACACCGUGUUCAGGCACUGUGCCUCGUAUGAGAAGCCUCCUGAUGUGACCACCACUGAUGUCCAGAUGUGUGCAAACAUUAAUGAGGAGUUUGUUAAGGAGUCACUGAUGAAGGAAGAGUCUCUGCUGUUGCCAGUUGUAGUGGACACAGUGACUCUGAGAAAGGAGGAUUACACUGCCUUUUCAGGCCUCCGUGGUUGUAUGAAUGUCUUUCCUGAACAGCUGGAUGAAGACACUCCAGUCCUGGAUGUGCUACAUAGAGAUGUAUCAGUACCAGUAGAUAUUUCCUGGUAUGAAAUACCAGAGGAGUCCAGCAAGAUGAAUAGAGGCCUGAUAGAGACAGAAGUGGCAGGACGUGUGAUGCUUCUGACUGAAAUGGAGCUGGACGUGACUUUGACAUCAACUCCCAAAACCUGUCAAACCCAGAUCUGUCUCUCCACGUGUGAACUCCAGAAGGAAGAGUUGUCUCCACACCGCAGACGGUCUUUGGUGUCGAUGAGAGCUCAGAGAGAGAUGGAAGCAGCACUUUGGAGGGCAGAGAAGCAUCCGACCUUUGUGGUGGGCUUUGUGUUGGCAGAGCCUCAAAUAUGUCACUCCGCUGAAGAGUUCUACCCUCUGACUGAGGCCUUGAAACUUAUUAAGUUGGAGCAAAAAAAAUUUGUUUGUGUUGGUGACAAACCGCAGACUCAGGCAGAGACAGGAGACCUGGAGGUUUAUUUGUGUGGCAACUGUGCGUUCACAGAGAAGAUGAGAUCUGAGUUUACCCCCAGCAAGCAAACGGAGAUGGAAGACUUCAAAAAACUGUCACCUGAACAUGACGAGGUCUCAGUCACAGACAUCCUGGUGAAUCCUACAAACAAAACUCAGUUCCCUCACCUAGAGAAAUCUGAAGCAGUUGCUUUUCCUGAUAAAGCUUCUACAGAUGGCACCCAAUCUAAAAGUGAAACAGUUGCUGACUCAUAUCAGAAAACCUUCCUGGUGCACACUGUCAACACCAUCAGUAAGGAAGUAAAACCUGCUGCUACCAACAAAGAUGAAAUUUCAGACAAGAGGUUUUCAGACAUUGUAGCCGUGUUUUCUGCUCAUAAGAUCAACACAGAAGGACACGACUGUAAGACAGAGCAGAGCAUCAACACUCCUGAGAGGACUGUGUCCUCCACAGUGAAAAUCGGAGACAGUCACAAAUAUCCACCAAAGAAGGACCUGGACCCACUGGCCACCUUCAUGAUACUGAGAUCUCAACAGACUGCUCCAGUUACUGCAACAUCACAAAGUUUAACAAGCAGUAAGACAGCAGCUCCGGUGAACCAACAAACACCUGAGCUGCAGCCUCCUCCAGAGCAGAUGCAAAGAUCAGACAGGAGGCCUAUGUAUGUGAGUGGUGUGGUGUCAAAAAAUGUUACCAGAGAUCAGAAAUCUGCUUUUCAGUCGACGGGUCAACUCAUCAGUCGUCCUGUCAGUCAGCCCAGCCCUCAGAACAGAUGGGACAGCAGAGUGGUACAAGUUCACGCUACUGACAGGCAGCAGCGUGCGUACUAUGAGCUGCUGGCCUUUGCUCAGCCUUGUUUGAACUCUGCCAGACAGCUGGGGCUCAACUUCCCGGUGUGGGGAGACUUCAGCUGCCUGGCCCCAGACCAAACACACUUCCUGCUCAAGCAGCAGGAGAAUGCACUCUGCAGGGUGCAUGGACAGAGCGCAGAGCUGGUCAGAGAUCAGGAACUGUUUUUCAACCAGGCGGCUUUGAUACACAUGCUGGUGACAUUCAAGGAGCUGCUGCUGAAGUGCAACCUCAGUACGGCAUUGGAAUACCUGAAGCAGGCAGCUGAGGCGAGCACAGAGCCAAGUCUGAAGCAGCUGCUCAGGAGGCUGCAGAUCAUCCUCGACCUCAGUCACAAGAACCUGGAGUCCAACCUCAAACUGCAGCAGCUGCAACAGCUGCUGGCUGUAUGGUUGCACAGCAGGAAAGAACAGGACACUGUGGACAAAAUUCUUGUUGUAAUAUCAGUUGACAGUGAGGACAGCAGAUCUAUAAUCAUUAAGAGCUUGAGCCAAGUGACUGGUACUCCUGUAACUGCGGUUCGUCCUGAGAAGGACAAGAAUAAACUGAAUGGGGCCAGUGUGGUCAGCAGCAUACGCGACAGUGUGUGUGUGGUGGUGUAUGAGCAGCAUGUAGGCCCUGACUUCCCCUGGAGCUGUUUCUCCCUGGUGGUGGAGUAUGAUCAUCCAGGCCAGUCACCAUGGGCGGCAGUCUGCAGGGAGAGGAGCAUCAGUCACCUUACCUUCGACACAAUCAUAUCCGACACUGAGAAGGAAAAGGCCUCUUGGCGCCUGGAGGACAAUGUGCCAUAUGUCUUGUUUGUGACAGAGGGGCUUCCCAACUGUCCACUGCUGCUACAAACACUCGAGUCAGGGUUUAACAUAACUAUGCUGGAGAGGAGCCACUGUCCAUCCUUGCAGAUGCUCGGAGGGACCCAUCACUACACUGUGAUCACUGUGGAUGAAAGCACUGCUGUCAUCAUUCAGGAGGAGGAUGAACUGUGUCAGGAGCGAGCCAGUGAAAGAGUAGUGAUGAGGCUGACUGCUCUCUCUUUGCAAUAUAACUGCUGUUGGCUCAUCCUGCACUGCCCAGACAGCCAGGGUGGAGGAUUUUCCACUGAAUCCUUCAGCAACUUGGUGCUGGUCUAUUCGUCUCUUGUUCUUUUCAGCAUGAAGUCAGAGGGUCUAGAUGUUAAGGUGCUGAUUGUGUCUGAGUUGAUGGAAAUAGCCAAUUGGAUCAGUCGCAUCUGCUUCCACAGCCUGAUGGCUGAUGACAGGGACCCUGUCCAUUACAUGGACAGAGACUGGCUGACUGUGAUCCCCUCAAAGGAGGAAAAGUUACUACUCCAGUUCCCAUGUAUCAACCCUCUGGUUAGUCAGCUAAUGCUGAGGAGAGCACCGUCCUUCCAGUGGCUCCUUGGGGCCACUCUAUCUCAGCUGAGAAAGCUUCUCCCUCAGGUGCCACAGAAAGUCCUCAAGCUGUUCAGUGACACCACCUCACUGUACACACGGACCGCAGAACCAAACCAGCCAGAGUCUCAGACGGUUGUCACUCAGACAAACCAACAAAACUGCCCACCGAGCAGUCCAUGGAGCACCACUGCUGACCCAAAGCACAUAAACUCUGACCGUCAACCAGAACCCCCCACCAACACCCACCAGGAACUGUUCAAUAGAGACCACAACAUCAGCUUCCUGCUUGGAACUGAUCGCACCUUCUGUGAUCCAAACUCGAAGGUGCAGAAUGAUGACACAGAUUUCAGACUUGACUUGAGUUCCUCCUUUGGCAAGCCAGAUGUUCACCGCGAGUGGAGCUGGACCAGCAGUGAUCCAUGGAAAGAGGAGGACAGAGGCAGAGAUGAGGUGAAGCCUUCUGGAUGGACAGGCAGAGCUGGAGCAGUGGGGGGAGUUGUUGAGAGAGUAAAGGAUGGGUGGACACCAACAAAGCUGAACAGUCCUUUCAAGCUGGACUCCACGUUUUGCUACAGCCCCAUCCUGCAACAGCCAGCCGACAGUCACGUGUCAACAUACGCUAUAGUCCAGCACCCAGAUAGCCACCACAUUUCCUACGAUCUGAGCCCUCCUGCAGAGGUCACGCUGUGGGAUCGAGGGCAGAGCAGCAGCUACGGCCUUACCAGUGGAGGGACGACAGUUUCAGCCAACUAUGGCCCCAAAUGCUGGAUAGGCCAAGAGAGGAAGAGGAGUGGUGAGGCUGCAGGUUUGGUUGGUGCAGUGUUGACACCACUGAAGAGGGGCAGGUUAAGCUAUGAGAGGGUGCCGGGCAGAAGUGACGGACAGACAAGGCUUAAAUUGUUUUAGGCACGAAUGCUUCCUCUCUGUGGGCUCUUUCUGAAAUGAGAGCAAUAUAUCCUUACAGUUUUGAUACUUUCAGGUUAUUAAUUACACAAAAGUUGAGCUUCAGAGUUUUUAUUAGUAUACAAAAGUUUGGCUAAUUUAACUACAAAAAAAUUGUAUUGCAAGCUAUGUUUCCUGGAUUCUACUUUUUAAAAUGUUGAUGAUUUUAUUUUGUAGAAUUUAUCUUUUAAAACAGUUGGCUGUUUGUCAGAAAAUGACAGAGAACUUACAAUAUGAAUGUUUCCAAGUAUUUUGUGUGUUAAUGUUAUAGUUUUAUUAUUACUGUUUAAUUACUUGUAUUUAUACUGCUUGUUUAUAUUAUAUGUUAUUUAAAUGUAAGGUUGUGAGUAUGCCUUCAUUUAAGUUGUAAUUGUUGUAAAUUCUGCUCACUAACGCUUAAAAAGUAUUACAUGUGCUUAUGACUACAUUACAAUACAAUGUAAAUUAUUUAUUAUGUGUUUAUAUAUAUUGCUUUUCAGUAAUAAAUAAAGGGGUAUUACGGAU